UUUCGUUUGAGCGCUUCAGCGUCGCGAUCGGGUCCCGCAGCCACGAGAUACAGCAACCCGCCCACCAGCGCUGGGGCAUCUUAGCCCUUGUCGGGCUCCUGCUGCUAAGCAUGGAUCUGCAGAGAGUGGACCCCGUAGCCGCUGAAAAGGCGCGUGAAGCGGUACGCAGCGGUCGCAUGUCACAGAACGCCGCUGCAGCUGCCUUUGGGUUGGGUAGAAGCUCCCUCCAGCGGCGUCUGGAUGGAAAUUGCGCCAUGGACGAGAGGGUUGGCCCCGGGACUGUCAUGACCAAAGCAGAGGAGGACGCGGUGGAAGAUCUCCUGUUGUACGCUGGUAGAAACUUCAUUCCUCUCACCACCGCAGACCUCACGGAGCAUGUGAGACGGCUCUGCAACGACGGUCGGCCAAUCCCGUGGAACAGUAGUGGCAAGGGCCCGGGGAAGGACUGGCUCAAGGGCUUCCUCGGAAGGCACGAGGGCAUCAGCCAUCGACUCGCCCACAUCUACGAGUCUAACCGGGUGACCUCGUCAGAGGAUGAGCGUCUGCACAAGUUCUACGGUUUUUGGGCGGAGUUUCUCGGCGAGCACAGGCCUGCGGCCGACCACAUUUGGAACACGGACGAGUCAGAGGGCGGGGCCAGGGAAGGGGGCGGGGGGGCGGGCGAGAAGAGGAGAGUAGGAGGGACGAGCGAACCGAGAGAGGGAGGGAGGAAGGGGGGGGGCGAGGUGUUGGUGUUGUUCAAGGGGGGCGAGGGGGGCGUGGGCGGGGCGCGCGGGUGGGCGGGCACACUGUUGGUGGCCGCGGCGAGGGCACGGGGGUGCAUGGGCGGGGAGGUGGUCCUAGCCGCGGUGGGAGAGGGGCUGAAGGAGCGGGAGGGGCGGGAGGGUCAGGAAUCACCGGGGGUCAGCCGCCGGCGGCGUCCGUAUCGCGAUCGGGACGAACCCGCACGCCGACACCUGUAGUGGAUGUCUAGGUUUCUUCGGGGAGGUGGGGGUUGUAUUGUUGUGCAGAGAACCACAUGGUAUCGGGCUAAAGUUAGCUCUGAAUGGCUUGAAAUUUGUGUGUGGAACUGAUUUCGAACUGUUGAGUGUUCAGUACGGGUCACGAGGGUGCUUCAGGUAACGUGGUUGUCAAACAGCACGUCGAGGGGGGCGGGAAUGGCUAGCGGACAACUUGUGGACAAACCCGGGGAUGCUGUACGUUUGUCCCCUGGGCUAUGUGUUUUUUUUUUUUU